UAACACAGAUAAGGACUAUCUUUCCCAUGAUGCCAACGACAUGUGACGUCAGAACAAUGCGCCAAGCGUUUUCAUUUCCGAAAAGGGUCUUUAUUAGCUAUAAUUCAAAAUACUGAGUAACCAUGGUGAUGAAGUCUGCAGUUGAUGAUGAUGAUACUGGCUGGGGUCUAGGCAUUCCAGAAAAGAUGAGGAACAGUGCCAAUUGGGUUGAUAUUACGCAGGAAUUCAAGGGUGCAUGCAAAGAGCUGAACCUUGGGGAGUUGCUCCAUGACAAACUGUUUGGUCUGUUUGAGGCCAUGUCUGCCAUAGAGAUGAUGGAUCCCAAGAUGGACGCUGGAAUGAUUGGCAACCAAGUCAACCGAAGAGUGCUCAACUUUGAACAAGCUAUUAAGGAAAAUGUCAUAAAGGUGAAAGACCUUUUUCUACCGGAACUCAUCGGCAUCAUAGACACAUGUUUCUGUUGUUUGAUCACCUGGCUGGAGGGUCACUCCCUGGCACAGACUGUCUUUACCUGCCUUUACGUCCAUAACCCCGACUUGAUUGAAGAGCCAGCCCUCAAAGCCUUUGCCCUGGGCAUUUUAAAAGUGUGCGACAUUGCACGAGAGAAGGUCAACAAGGCCGCUGUGUUUGAGGAGGAAGAUUUCCAGGCCAUGACUUAUGGCUUUAAAAUGGCCAAUAAUGUCACAGACCUGCGUGUGACAGGAAUGCUUAAAGAUGUGGAGGACGAGCUGCAGAGGAAAGUUAAGAGCACACGCAGUCGGCAGGGUGAACACCGCGACCCUGACAUUGAGCUGGAGCAUCAACAGUGUUUGGCACUUUUCAACAGAAUCAAGUUCACUCGCCUUCUACUGAGUGCACUGAUAGCUUUCACCAAAAAAGAGACCAGCUCAGUCAGUGAUGCCCAGAAGCUGGUGGCUCAGGCAGCUGACCUCUUAUCACCUAUUCAUUCCAGUAUUCAGCAUGGCAUUCAGUCACAGAAUGAUACCACCAAAGGAGACCACCCCAUCAUGAUGGGCUUUGAACCGCUGGUCAACCAGAGACUGUUGCCCCCCACCUUUCCUCGCUAUGCCAAGAUCAUUAAGAGAGAGGACAUGGUCACUUAUUUCAGCAAACUAAUAGAACGUGUGAAGACCGUCUGUGAUGUGAUCAACACCACCAACCUACAUGGGAUACUGGAUUUCUUUUGUGAGUUCAGUGAGCAGUCGCCGUGUGUCCUCUCUAGAUCCUUACUUCAGACGACAUUCCUGAUCGAUAAUAAGAAAGUUUUUGGUACUCACCUGAUGCAGGACAUGAUUAAAGAUGCUCUCAGAUACUUUGUCAGUCCUCCAGUACUUUCUUACAAGUGUUGUCUGUUUAACAACCACCAGGCCAAGGACUACAUUGACUCCUUUGUGACACAUUGCUCCAGACCUUUCUGCAGUCUAAUCCAGAUCCAUGGACACAACCGAGCUCGUCAAAGAGACAAACUCGGUCACAUUCUCGAGGAGUUUGCCACACUGCAGGACGAGGCAGAAAAGGUGGACGCAGCGUUGCACAGUCUGCUGAUGAAACUUGAGCCUCAGCGACAGCAUCUAGCCUGUCUGGGUACGUGGAUCCUUUAUCAUAACCUCAGGAUUAUGAUCCAGUACCUGUUGAGUGGCUUUGAACUGGAGCUGUACAGCAUGCAUGAAUACUACUACAUCUACUGGUACUUAUCAGAAUUCCUUUAUGCAUGGCUCAUGUCCACUCUGAGCAGAGCUGACUCCUCUCAAAUGGCAGAGGAGCGGAUCCUGGAGGAGCAGUUGAAGGCGCGUAGCAGCAAAAAGACCAAGAAAAAAAAGAAAGUUCGUCCUCUUAGCAAAGAAAUUACCAUGAGCCAGGCGUACCAGAACAUGUGUGCUGGUAUGUACAAGACCAUGGUAGCCUUGGAUAUGGAUGGAAAAGUACAUAAACCUCAGUUUGAGCUCGACAGUGAGCAGGUACGCUACGAGCAUCGCUUCGUCCCAUUUAACAGUGUUGUCACGCCGCCACCUGUGCACUACAUUCAGUUUAAGGAAAUGUCCGAUCUGAAGAAGUACAAUCCUCCUCCAGGCUCGGCCGACCUCUACCUAGCAGCCAGCAAACACUUUCAACAGGCAAAGCUUAUUUUAGAAAACAUAGCCAGUCCAGAUCCUGAGGUAAACCGUAUACUGAAGGUGGCCAAACCGAACAUAGUGGUUAUGAAGCUCCUGGCUGGAGGGCACAAGAAGGACACCAAAGUACUCCCAGAGUUCGAUUUCUCGGCUCAUAAGUAUUUCCCUGUGGUCAAGAUCAUCUGAUUCCCAUCUUUAUCUGAGGAUGUCUUUCUGUAUUUGGUGAACCUCAAAGGAGUGCAAGUCCAUUCUGCAUUGUUUGUGUGUGAGCAAAGGCAUAAAAGAACAGGCCAAAUGGAAAUGUUUACUGUCUGUCUCUAGAACACUUUUAGUGCUUGAAAUAACGAUGAAUUGCAUAUCAUGCAUAUUAAAACAUGUUGUGAAACA